UCAAAAGCCGGCAUAUAUAGUGAACACAAUGCCUUCGGUGGCUUCGGUGAGACUUCAGUUUAACCCAGCCCAGUUGCAAAUUUCUCGGCUUUGCAGACUUUACCCUCUGAAACAGAGGGUCUACUAACCAGAAGAAGGGGGAGGCCGAUGAUUCAGGCAACUCAGUGGCGUCGCGUAGUAGCAUCUCAAAUCUCAAAUUAGGUAACCCAUCCUUCAUUCGUAUCUCCUAAAUCAACUGGAUUUUCUCUCAACCAAAUCCAAUGCUUCGUUUAAUUUGCUCAAGGUUGCCCCAAAAACUAAAGCAUAGACCUUCAAAAACUAGCCACGCAAACUUUUUCUCAACCUCCUCUCUGAAAUCCAUCUCAGGACUUCUUAAUUCCAAGGACCCACAAUCUCUGACAGUCUCCUUCCUCCAAGAUUCAUGUGGGUUUUCCUUGGAAUCGGCCAUUUCAUAUUCCAAGAAGCUUGACAUUGAGAACGUAAAGAAUCCUAAUUCAGUUCUUGACCUAUUGAGAAAUCACGGUUUGACGCAGACCUACAUCAGCAACUUAAUUAGAAUUCGUCCACUAUUGCUUUCGGCUGAUUUAGACAAUACCCUUAUGCCCAAUAUAAACGUGUUUGAAUCCUUGGGGUUUUCUGGCUCUAGUCUCGCCAAAAUGCUUAGCAAAUACCCAGCUGUGCUACAAAGUGAUGCACACGCCACUGUCGAGUAUUUUAGGGCACAUGGUUUUAGUGAUAAGCAAAUAACAACUUUGACGAUGAAGUUUCCCUCAUUGUAUGUGUAUAAUGCUGACAAGAUUUUUAAGCCAAAGUUGGAGUUUUUCAAAUCGUUAGGCUUUUCAGAUCUUGAAAUUGCAAAGAUUUUAUCUGCAGCGCCGUAUAUUCUAACAAGGAGCCUCGAAAAACAAAUCAUUCCGAGUCUUCAAGAGCUUAGGCGGAUCGUUGGCACUGACGAGAAUGUCUUAAAAGGUUAUAAAGGCACACUGGCCAGUAAUUACAAUCGGUUUAGUGAGAUUGUUAGUGAAGUUCUGAAAUUGGGUUUUGAUCCCAAUUGUCUGAAAUUUGUUCUAGCCAUCAUGUCCAUGGCACUAAAUAGUAAGCCACUGUGGGAGCAGAAGGUGAAAGCUUUUAGGAGUUUUGGUUUGUCAGAGGAUAAGAUUUAUGCUGCAUUCAAGCGGGGACCCUUGUGUAUGAGUUGUUCGGAAAAGAAGAUCAAGAAAAUGAUGGGUUUCUUUGUGAACAAACUGAAGAUGAAGCCUUCUAUGAUCUCCAAUUGUCCGAAUCUUCUACUGCAUAGCUUGGAGAAGCGGAUUAUUCCAAGGUGUUCAGUUAUGCAAGUUUUGAUGUUGAAGGGGUUGAUCAAGGAGGAUAUUGGCAUUGUUUAUAUGGUCACAAUGGUUGAGAAGAAAUUCAUGGUGAAAUUUGUGAGCAAGUAUCAAAAUGAGGUUCCUGAUGUUGUUAGAGCGCACCAAGGGAAGAUAGAAUUUCAAGGGCUCCCCAUAGCCAUGGAGAUUUUUAGUACAACAUGUUAUGGAGACAUCUCAGAAACUUUGUAUGCAUUCAAGCGGGAACCCUUGUGUAUGACUGGUUCGAUCAAGAAGAUUAUGAAAAUGAUGGGUUUCUUUGUGAACAAACUGAAGAUGAAGCCUUCUAUUAUCUCCAAGAAUCCGAAUCUUGUACAGCUUAGCUUGGAGAAGCAGAUUAUUCCGAGGUGUUCAGUUCUGCAACUUUUGAUGUUGAAGGGGUUGAUCAAGGAAGAUACUAGCAUUGUUUAUAUACUCAAAAUGACUGAGAAGGAAUUCAUGGAGAAAUUUGUGAGCAAGUAUCAAAAUGAGGUUCCUGAUGUUGUUAAAGCGAACCAGGGGAAGGGGAAGAUAGAAUUUCAAGGGCUCCCCUCAGAGUUAGAGUCGAAGUUGGAGGUUUUGUCAGACCGACUCAGACUUUUUGCUCCAACUCUGAUUCUGGCUUUGUUCUCUGACUCCAACUCCAAUUCUGAUAUUCUUUUUCGGAAAUCAAAUCAAAUGCUUCGUUUAACUUCCGUGAAGCUGCCCCAGCGGUUAAGGCACAGAGCUUCAACAAUAUGCCAAGGCCACUUGUUCUCAACCUCCCCUCUCAAACCCAUCUCAGAACUUCCUAUUUCCAUGGACCCAGAAUCUCUAACGGUCUCCUUCCUCCGAAACUCAUGUGGGUUCUCCUUGGAACUGGCCAUUUCAGCUUCUAAGAAGCUCAACAUUGAGAACAUAGAGGGUCCCAACUCCGUUCUGGAUCUGUUGAAAACUCACGGUUUGAAGCAGAAUCACAUCAGAUACUUAAUUAGUAGCCGUCCAUUAUUGCUUUUGGCUGAUUUAGGCAAUACCCUUAAGCCCAACAUGGAGUUGUUUAAAUCCUUAGGGUUUUGUGGCGCUAGCCUCUUCGAAAUGCUCAGCAAAUACCCAGCCGUGCUAGAAAGUGAUGGAUACACUGCUGUUGAGUUUUUUAGAGCACGUGGUUUUAGUGAUAAGCAAAUAAAAACUUUGACGAUGAAGCGUCCCGCAUUGUAUAUGUAUAAUGCUAACAAGAUUUUUAAGCCAAAGUUGGAGUUUUUCAAAUCUUUAGGCUUCUCAGAUCUUGAAAUUGCAGAGGUUUUAUCUGCAGCGCCUACUGUUCUGGAAACGAGCCUCGAAAAACAGAUCAUUCCGUGUGUUCAAGAGCUUAGGCGGAUUCUUGGCACUGACGAGAAUGUCUUUAAGGUUAUAAAGGGAUACUGCCCAGUAAUUAGAUCAAACGUUGAACAUACGCUACAGCCCAACAUCGCUACUCUGAUAAGCCAUGGUGUUCCCCAGUCAUUAGUUUUAAAAGUCUUCUUUAUUAGACCAUCGUCACUACUUAUCUGUGGCAAUCGGUUUAGUGAGAUUGUUAGUGAAAUUAUGAAAUUGGGUUUUGAUCCCAAUUGUCUGAAAUUUGUUGUAGCCAUCAUAUCCAUGUCACAAAAUAGUAAAACAAUGUGGGAGCAGAAGGUGGAAGCUUUUAGAAGUUUUGGUUUGUCAGACGAUGAGAUUUGUUCAGCAUUCAAGCGGCAACCCAGGUGUAUGACUGUUUCGGAGAAGAACAUUAAGAAAACAAUGGGUUUCUUUGUGAACAAACUGAAGAUGAAGCCUUCAAAGAUCUCCAAGAAUCCGAAUAUUCUAUGGCUUAGCUUGGAGAAGCGGAUUAUUCCGAGGUGUUCAGUUCUGCAACUUUUGAUGUUAAAGGGGUUGAUCAAGGAAGAUACUAGCAUUGUUUAUAUACUCAAAAUGACUGAGAAGGAAUUCAUGGAGAAAUUUGUGAGCAAGUAUCAAAAUGAGGUUCCUGAUGUUGUUAAAGCGAACCAGGGGAAGAUAGAAUUUCAAGGGCUCCCCGUUGCACCAAUGGAGACGUGAUUGCUUUUGACAUAAACAAAUGUGACCUUGGCAAUGGAUCCCGAAUGGAAAAAUAAUUUCAGGAGGUGUUUCAGCAGGUUUGUAUGGUAAUCCAUCAGUGUUGCACACAUCAGGCAAAAUUAGAAAGUUGUCAAAGCUGAGGUGAAUGUUCCUUGCAUACAGUAGAACUUGCUUGCCUUUCUGGUAGUGAUAGCUGCAUGAUGCUGUCAAUUUGACAUAUAUAAGCAAGCCCUGAUGUUAUAUAUAAGAGCAUUUCUAAUUUAGAGGCAUUCUAGGAUGUUUAGGCGACAUGAUGAUUUUAUCUCAUAUUACUUUUUAUAUCUAAUAUGAAAGAAGCAUGGCAAGUAUCUAUUUUCACUCA